AACAGUUUAGAUGUUUGCAGGCCCAGUAGCAGGUCGUACCGUUCUUAAAAUUGCCAAAAUAACGUUAAAAACGUAAAAGAGAUUGUUAUAAAUAACAAAUACGGUACGGUCGCUGAAAAAUUUAAGUAUAAUUGGUGUUUAUUUGUUUUAAUUACAAACGUUUAAUUAAUAAACACCAGCAACAUGGGUGACAUGUUCCGAAGCGAAGAAAUGGCCCUGUGCCAAAUGUUUAUACAACCAGAAGCUGCCUAUGCAUCUGUGGCCGAGUUGGGUGAAAGAGGUUGUGUACAGUUUCGUGAUCUUAAUACGGAUGUGAAUGCUUUUCAUCGAAAAUUCGUUUCUGAAGUAAGACGUUGCGAUGAAUUGGAACGCAGAAUACGUUACAUUGAAAAUGAACUGCGUAAAGAUGAGAUUUCUUUGCCAGCUUUGGAUGAAGACAAUGAGCCAGCGGCACCAAAUCCACGUGAAAUUAUCGAUUUGGAAGCUAAAUUGGAGUCAAUAGAAACUGAGCUAAGAGAACUUAGCAACAAUGGUAUUAACUUGGAUACCAAUUUCCUAGACAUGACAGAAUUGAAACAGGUUUUGGAGAAUACGGUCAGUUUCUUUUCCGAUGAGGAAAGAAUGAAUUUGGAUAGCAAUCGUCAUAUUGAUCCAUUGGAUCCCAAUCAACCCAGAGGUCAAUUGGGCUUUGUGGCUGGUGUUAUAAAACUAGAAAAGUUCUUUGCUUUUGAGCGUAUGUUAUGGCGCAUUGGUCGUGGCAAUAUCUUCAUUAAACGCAGCGAUUUAAGCGGCAUGGUAAAGGAUCCCGAAACAGGUCAUCCUGUUUUGAAGACAGUGUUUGUGGCUUUCUUUCAAGGUGAACAGCUGAAGCAGAGAAUAAAGAAAAUCUGUCAAGCUUUCCAUGCUUCUGUGUACCCAUGUCCCAGUGCCCAUAAUGAACGUGAAGAAAUGAUUAAGGAUGUCUGCACAAGAUUGGAAGACUUGAAGAUGGUCUUGAAUAGUACUGCCGACCAUCGCAACCGCGUUUUGGUGGCUGCUGCACGCAAUGUACCCACUUGGAGUAUUAUGAUUAAGAAAAUGAAAGCCAUUUAUCAUACACUGAAUAUGUUCAAUAUGGAUGUUAGUAACAAGUGUUUAAUUGGUGAAGGAUGGGUACCCACCAAAGAUUUGCCUGUGGUGCAGAAUGCUUUGGCUGUAGGCUCAAAGGCUGUUGAAAGUACUAUACCAUCAUUUUUGAAUGUAAUUGAGUCCAACGAACAGCCGCCAACUUUUACAAGAACUAACAAAUUUACCAAUGGCUUCCAAAAUUUGAUUGAUUCCUAUGGUGUGGCUUCGUACAGAGAAGCCAAUCCAGCUUUGUAUACUUGCAUUACUUUCCCCUUCUUGUUUGCUGUGAUGUUUGGCGAUUUGGGUCAUGGCUUUAUCUUGUUUUUGUUUGCAUUAUACAUGGUAUUGAAAGAGGAUAAACUGCGUAAAAUCAAGGGUGAAAUCUUCAACAUAUUCUUCGGCGGCCGCUAUAUUAUAUUGUUAAUGGGUCUGUUUUCCAUGUACACGGGAUUCAUUUACAAUGAUGUAUUUUCGAAAUCAAUGAAUAUCUUCAGUUCCAACUGGAAGGUGCGUUAUAACACUACCACCGUGUUAAAUAAUACGUAUUUACAAUUGAAUCCAGAAUAUCAUGUUGACGGUGUUUAUCCCGUUGGAUUGGAUCCCAUAUGGCAGUUGGCAGAUAAUAAGAUAAUUUUCUUAAACACAUACAAAAUGAAACUGUCCAUUAUUUUUGGAGUCAUUCACAUGAUCUUUGGCGUUAUAAUGUCGCUGGUCAAUUACUCGUACUUUAAAAAGGCUGUUAACAUUUUCAUGGACUUUAUACCACAAGUUGUUUUCCUGGCCUUAUUAUUUGGCUACAUGGUUUUUAUGAUGUUCUUUAAAUUUGUUAAAUAUUCAGCAACCACUGACGAACAACCAUUAACUCCUGGCUGUGCUCCAUCUAUAUUGAUUCUUUUCAUCAACAUGAUGUUGUUUAAACAUCAAAAACCUUUAGAAGGUUGCAAGGAGUAUAUGUUUGAGGGUCAAGAUUUAUUGCAAACGGUGUUUGUAGUAAUUGCUGUCAUUUGCAUACCCUGGAUGUUGCUGGGUAAGCCCUUGUACUUUAUGAUGAAACGCAAAGCUGCUGCAGCAGCCCCUGUCCAUGUGAAUGGUGACAUAGAAAUGAACGGUGAUAUACAAGUCAAGCCCUCAACAUCUGCUGAAGCUGCUGGCGGUCAUGGAGGACAUGAUCAUGAGAAUGAACCGAUGAGUGAAAUAUUUAUACAACAGGCCAUUCACACUAUUGAAUAUGUAUUGAGUACUAUUUCUCAUACAGCCUCCUACUUGCGUUUGUGGGCUUUGUCUCUGGCUCAUGCCCAAUUAUCUGAGGUUUUAUGGAACAUGGUAAUGCACAUGGGUUUCAUUGUACCCAGCUAUGUUGGCUCUGUAAUGCUUUUCUUCAUUUUCGCUUUUUGGGCUGUACUGACAAUUGGUAUCUUGGUAUUGAUUGAAGGACUUUCUGCCUUCUUGCACACUUUACGUUUGCACUGGGUCGAAUUUAUGAGCAAAUUCUAUGAAGGUUUGGGCUAUGCCUUCCAACCAUUUAGCUUCAAGGCCAUUUUAAAUGCUGAAGAGGAUGCUUAAACUAUAUUUUAUGUAAACAUCUAUUCUAUAAACGAAAAUAAACUUGUUUGACGAGAUUAAAUAA